AUGGCAACAGAGGGAGGCGGGGGUGGUGGGGAAGAGGAUGUGGAGAUGGAUGUGGUGAGACUUCAAUAUUGGAUAGUUGUAUGCACUUUUUUCUAUCGCUUUAAUGGAUCUCCGUUUGGCCCACAGGUGUCGCUGGCAGCGUUAGCCGUGGCGAGUGAAGAGGACACGGACUCCCAACUCACGGACGUCCUCAAGUACUGCCCGUCAGAAAUGGAUGAUGUUGCAACUAUUAUGAGCGGAGUUCUGGCAGUGCUUCAACCAGACGUUGGAAGCGACGAGGCCAUCCAGUCUGGGAGUCCAAAUGUUUUUUUCGCGUCCGCGCCUCCGCUGCGCAGUCGUUCUGGGAAACAAACCGGACUUCCUGUCGGACAGCAGCCCAGCGACAACAGCUGCUUCACACCCCCUCCGUUCGGAUCGGCGCGAGUGCGAUGUUGUGUUAAACAAGGCUUCGAAAAUUUAGGACACGGCUCGGCAGAUGUAGAACGUGUGCUACACGCCGAGUCGCUAAUCGAUACUUUCCUGAUUCGGUCGACGUAG